AUGCGUUUCUCGCCAUUGCUUCGAAUUAUUUUCCGAGAUUCUAACGGUCAAUCGAUUUGGAAAGAAACCAGCCAGCUAUACCUUCCUAAAGGAGGAAAGAAACUUUCAUUCAAGCAGAACUCUCUUCUCGUCUUCAGCGGCUUUCUGUUCCUGUUCGGCUACUUGUACGUUCAGGACGAGGUGAACCCCGAUUCCAAGUGGGCAGAAAUUUAUCGAACUCUAACUCAAGAGCCGUUCAAAUGGUUGGAAGCGGGCAAGCCAGUGGAGACCAAGCCGACCCCAAGCCUCUCCUCCCAUCUGAUGUAG